CUGUAGUAACGAUUUGUGAUUCUUGGUGCUUAAACCGUCAUCAACUUUAUCAGUUGUUUUUGUUAUUAAAAAAUAUCAAUUUUUAUUUCCUAUAAUUUGAUAAUUCUAGAAUUGUAUUCAACUUUUAACGGAAUGACGAAACCUACACUUUAUUAUGCAUUGUUUAGCCCUCCAGCAAGAGCUUGUAUGAUAACUGCUAAAUUAAUUGGUCUAGACAUAGACCUAAGAUUUGUUGAUUUUGCUAAGAAAGAACACCUGAGUGAAGAAUUCAUCAAGUUAAACCCACAACAUCAGAUACCAGUUUUGGUCGAUGAAAAUGAACCAUAUUGGGAUAGUCAUGCAAUAAUGGCAUACAUCGUUUCGAAAUAUGCCAAAACUGAUAGUCUUUAUCCUAAGGACUUAUCGAAACGGGCUCGAGUUGAUCAAAGGAUGCAUUAUGAGAACGGUGUUCUCUUUCAAGUGAUAAAAGAUUUGGUGGCUCGUAUUAUUUAUGGUGGCGAAACUGAAUACAAUGAGAAGACAAUUCAAAAUUGUCACACGGCUUAUGACUUUUUAGAAAAAUUCCUCGAAAAUCAAAACUAUGUUGUUGGAUCUGAAUUGACAAUAGCCGAUGUAUCAAUCAAUACAACUCUUAUCACCCUUCAUCGUUUGAUUCCGGUUGAGAAGGAAAAAUAUCCCAAAAUAACUGCAUGGAUGGAACGUUUAAAAUCACUUCCAGAUUAUGAUGAAGUCAACGAAAAAGGUGCUGAACAAUUGGCUAUUCGUAUAAAAACUUGCCUCGCUGAUAAUCAGGCCAAAGCUUAGUGUAAUCAUGGUUUUAUAAUUUUAAUUUGAGGCUUGUUGAAAUAAUUUUUAAGGGAUACAAAAAUAUAUAUGUAUUUGGUUUUAAAGAAUUAAA